AUGAGUGUUGUAGAUGGUGUUGUAGAAGCCUUCCGAAUUCUUCUUUUCCUUAUCCUUGGCUACAUCUCAGCAUUGAUUUCAGUUUUUUUCCCGCCUCCAAGGAAGUCCAUUGAGGGAGAGACAGUUCUCAUUACUGGAGCUGGUCAUGGAAUUGGGAGAGAAUUUGCUCUGGAAAUUGCAAAACUUGGUGCUACAGUAGUACUUUGGGACAUUAACAAAAUGAUAAAGGAAUUUUUGCCACCUAUGAUAAAGAAAGGUCAGGGUCACAUAUUGAAUGUGAUAUCUAUGGCAGGCUUCAGCGGCUUCAGCAAUUUAACUGACUAUUGUGCAUCAAAACAUGCUGCAAAAGGUUUUCAUGAAUCCCUAAUUGAAGAGCUAUAUUUAUAUGGCCACCAUAACAUCAAAGUGACAGGCCUGUGUCCCAUGUUUGUGGAUACCGGCCUCAUUAAAGAUUUCAAAGUUGGAUUGCUGACACCAAAUGAAACUGCAUUGGCAGGAAUUGAUGGCAUGCUGAGAAAUUAUGAACUGGUGACUGUUCCAUCAAAAAUGUAUUAUAUGACCAAAAUAGGAAGUUUGUUUCCACGAAAGACUGUGCAGUUCUUGGUCAGAAGUUCUGGUUUAGAGGUUAAUUCACAGUACAAGAAGAAAAACUAA